GUUUUCAAACAAGACGGGAAAGAGCAAGGAAGAUUUGAGAGCGUGGAAAAACUGGGUGCCGCGGGUACUGAAGUUGUUACGGGCUGAGGGCGUUUGGCGUUGAGCAUCUGAGAAGGGCUAAUGCACGAGGAACGGUAAAAUGCUGUGACUGAACGCGAGGUUCCUCCCCGGCCUGGGCCCGUGUGUGCACCCUCGCUCCCACAGACACCCCGGAGCCGUAGGGAAACGGGUGAGCAGGCCCACGAGCGGACUUUGGGCACAGCGGUGCGCAGAGAGCGCUGCGGGCUCAGCCGGUGGGGUGGAGUCAGAGCAUGGCGAGCCAGGCUGUCGGAAUCCAUCCGGUUCCGCUCCCUGCCCCUCUGUCCAGCGCUCCAUCCUUCUCUUUCUUUCCCCGUGGCUCUGUCCAGUGCCCCAUCCCUUUGUUUAGCUACUCGUUCCUCUGCCCAGCUCCCCCAUCCCUCUUGUACUCUUUCCAUCUCUGUGACAAUAUCUGCGUCCAUCUAACUGGCUCUCUAUCGCUCUAUCCAGCUCUUCAUCGUCCUCUUCCUCUUCCUAUCCCAGUACCUGCCCGCUGUCCUUCCGUGCGGCUCCCCAUCCGUCUGCCGCUCUCGUCUGCCUUUCUGCCUGUACUUCUCUUUGCCUUCCCAGCCCUCUGUCCACCCCUCCAGCCAUCUCUCUCUAUUUCCAUCCCUCUGCUCAGCUCCUCAUCCAUCUAUUUGCCUCCCUAUCCCUCUUUUCCCCUGUUUUGUCCCAUCUCUCUGUCUGAAUUGCCCUCCCUCUUUUUCUCUCUCCACCUUUCUGGCCAGCUCUUCGUCGUUCUCGUCCUCUUCCCAUCGCUCCUACUGGCUCCCUGUCCCUCUCUUCCCGUCCCCGUUCCUCUCUCCGGUUCUCCCCCCUUCUCUGUUGCUCCCUUGCCGUUCCUCUGGCCGCCUCGCCUUCCCCAUUUUUCUCUCUUCUGCUCCCCGGUCCUCUGUGCAGCCCUCCCUCCAUCUGUGUGGCCCUCUGUCCCUCUCUUUCUCUUCCUUUGUCCAGUGCCCAGACCCUGGGGCCGGCUCUCUGUCCCUCUCUUUCUUUCUCCCUCCAUCCAUCUGCCAAGCUCUCUGCCCCUCUUUUCUUUUGUUCUCCCCCCUGUCCCCGCGUCCAGGUGGAGGUCUGUCGUUCCUUUGCGUUUUGUCUGGUGCGGCGGGUGGCGAGAGGUGGUCGGCACUCGGCAGAGAUGGUGAUCGGCAGCGCCCGGAGGGUGCCGUCGGUCGGUCUGGUUCGGGUCACGUCGGACACCUCCGCGGGGACUCUGCCCGCGGAGGCGCGGGGCUGUGGCUGUGCAGCGGGGGAGCGCUAGCGGGCUAGAGAUGCCGUGGGGUACGCGGCAGGCAGCGAAGAGGCUCCUGGGGAAGGUGUCACGGAGGCAGAGAGCAGCAGAGGCUCCGAGACCUUGGGCGUUAGGACAGGCGCUCGCGGUAGGGCGGUCUGGAGCUGCUGCUGCUGUCUGUCCUACUCGUCAGCGCGGUCUGCAGUUACUGCCUCUUGUCUGCCUGCGCGCAGCCAGGGCUGUCACGUGGUGCAGCUUGAGUUGCGAUUGCGAUGCUGGCAUUGAGCCCACUUUUCUGUCAGGUCUGCCUUUAUGCAAAGUGGUGUCUUCCCUAUGUCUACAGCUCAACCCAUGUUGUUGAUUUAGUGCUUCCUGAGGGGAUAUGCUGUGCUGUCAACACGCACACCCACCCCACCCCUGCCAUCGCUUCCUGAUGAAUGCAAACAUUUACAUAGCUUCUGGCUUGUUUCUUUCCUUGGAACUCCUUUCUCUUUGCUGUUCUGGUCCCUCCAAACAAUUUCUGUUUCUAGCAUUAUUAGUGUUGGGCCCUAAACCUUCUAGACCUUCCUUCUUUGAAGUCCAGAGGUUCCAGUAUUGUUUGUACUUUGAGAGUAAAGGUCCUUCACAACUCAUGUCUUAAGUAUGCAACUGUCUUACCUGGGAUUUUCGUUUUCGCAAGUUACUGUUUCUUUCAGGAGCCAGCUACAACAGUAACUUUGCUAUAGCAGAGAAAUGGGGUUACAUGUGUAUGAGCAACAGCACCGUAGUACACAGCAAAGCCAUAAUCUACAGUACUGGUAGCACAAGUCAGUUUCCCAUCAGCUCCAUCUCUCCAGGGUUUGGAGGUUUUGGAGGCCUUACUUUUUAUCCUGCCUUGGCUGGACGGUGCUUUCUGAGAGUGUCCAUCAGAGGCAGAGUUUCCCUGCAGAGGACCAUCUAGCAAAGGCUGGAGGCGGCCAGGUGCCUGAGCGAGCCUGCCUGUCCGUGAGAGCUGCUGUGACAUCUUUGUGAUGAAAUGGAGCCAGAGAGGGUGACUGAAGCAGCACGGAGGGUCAGUCAUAACUGUGGGAACAAUUACGGGCCUUGGACUAGGGAGUAGUUCUAGGAGGGCUGUGCAGUUGCCCGGCCUCUAACUAACUGCUCUGGCCUCUUUGCAGGUGCCGAAGCCCAGUCGGGCAGUCGAAGGAGCCUUGUCACAGCUGGGAGCUCUGCGGAGAUGCGCGGCUGGCCGUGGAGAGUGAGCUCUGACUUGCAGCGUGGACACAGCUAAGUCCUGGGCUGCAUCAUAUGUGAGCAGUGCUGGGAGGUGCGAGGUGAUUGUUCCCUAGGUGGUCACUGGUGUCACUGGCUGUGGAUGUUUGCCCAUGGAGCUGAGAGGACCAAAAAUAUUAAUUGUCUGACCCGGAGAUGAAUUAGUGCUUGCAGUGCUUCAGGAAAAAGCAGAGGAGUAGGCUGUCAGCUACUCGGACACCUGCCACAUCAAGGGCAGCAGCAGGAGAUGACCCUUCCCUGAUGGAUGGAUGGACGCUGGUGUAGUGAUGACUCUUCAGGCAUCACAGGUAAGGGGAAGCAUGCUGACACUGAGCUCCAUGGCAGACUUGCUUCCAGCUAUUGUUUCUGCGCAGUAAAACAAUAAACAGUUGCUUUAUUCUUUGCA